CGCUCUAUAAGUUGUAAACGAAACCCUAGCAUCGUCAACCCUGCCGCUCCACACUAAACCAGAGGGAUUUCCAAAGAGAUCAAACAGUAGAGAAAUGACAACCCAUUUGAAGAAGAACAGGAAGAAGAGGGGUCACGUAUCAGCUGGUCAUGGUCGUGUAGGUAAGCACAGGAAGCAUCCUGGAGGUCGUGGAAAUGCUGGAGGUAUGCAUCACCAUCGUAUCUUGUUCGAUAAGUACCAUCCUGGUUAUUUCGGUAAGGUUGGUAUGAGGUAUUUUCAUAAACUCAGAAACAAGUUUUAUUGUCCAAUCGUUAAUAUUGAUAAGUUAUGGUCGAUGGUACCUGAAGAUGUGAAAGCUAAAGCUAAAGGUACUGACGAAGCACCAGUUAUUGAUGUUACUCAGUAUGGAUACUUUAAAGUAUUGGGUAAAGGUGUUUUGCCUGAUAAUCAGCCUAUUGUUGUUAAAGCUAAAUUAAUUUCAAAGACUGCUGAGAAGAAGAUUAAGGAUGCUGGUGGUGCUGUUAUUCUUACAGCUUAAGGAAGUUGCUCUUUUAGUGGAUUAAUAUUUACCUUUUCUUGAAUGAAUCGUGAUGUUGAUGGAUUAUUAAAGAUUUUGGUUUUUUAAGUACCGUUUAAACAGUUUUGUUAUGAGAUUUUAGUAUGGUUUCUAAAUUGUGAGAAAAACUUUAGUUAAAUGCUUAAAACUUGUUAUUAUCUUUUUGGAAUGUUGUAGAUUUGUG